AUGCUUUGGUCCAGGCGCGUCCCAUCGCCGCAUCGCCCCAUCGUCCCACCGCCCCAUCGUCCCAUCGCCCCAUGUUCCCAUCGCCCCACCGCCACACCGUCCCAUCGCCCCAUCGCUCCACCAUCCCAUCGUCCCAUCGCUCCAUCGCCCCAUAUCCCCAUCGUCCCUUCGUCCUAUCUUCCCAUCGUCCUAUCCUCCCAUCGUCCCAAAGCCCCAUCGCCCAUUGCCCAUCGUCCCAACUUUCCAUCGUCCCAUCGUCCCAUCGCCCCAUGGUCCCAUCGCCCCACCGCCGCACCGUCCCAUCGCCUCAUCGCUCCACCGUCCCAUCGUCCCAUCUCUCCAUUGCCCCAUCGUCCCAUUGUCCCUUCGUCCCAUCUUCCCAUUGCCCCAUCGUCCCAAAGCCCCAUCGCCAUCGCCCCAUCGCCCCAUCACCCCAUCGUCCCAUUGCCCCAUCGUCCCAUCGCCCCAUCGCUCCACCGUCCCAUCGUCCCAUCGCUCCAUCGCCCCAUCGUCCCAUCGUCCCACCCUCCCAUCCCAAAGCCCCAUCUCCCCAUCGUCCCAACUUUCCAUCGCCCCAUCGUCCCAUGUUCCCAUCGCCCCACCGCCGCACCGUCCCACCGCCCCAUCGCUCCACCGUCCCAUGGCUCCAUCGCCCCAUCGUCCCUUCGUCCCAUCUUCCCACCGUCCCAUCCUCCCAAAACCCCAUCGCCCAUUGCCCAUCGUCCCAACUUUCCAUCGUCCCAUCGUCCCAAAGCCCCAUCGUCCCAAAGCCCCAUCGCCAUCGCCCAUCGUCCCAUCGUCCCAUCGCCCCAUCGUCCCAUGUUCCCAUCGCCCCACCGCCGCACCGUCCCAUCACCCCAUCGCUCCACCGUCCCAUCGUCCCAUCGCUCCAUCGCCCCAUCGUCCCAAAGCCCCAUCGCCAUCGCCCCAUCGUCCCAAAGCCCCAUCGCCAUCGCCCCAUCGCCCCACCGUCCCAUUGCCCCAUCGUCCCAAAGCCCCAUCGCCAUCGCCCAUCGUCCCACCGUCCCACCGCCCCAUCGCUCCACCGUCCCAUCGCCCCACCGCCCAUCGUCCCUUCGUCCCAUCGCCCCACCGCCACACCGUCCCACUGUCCCAUCGCCCCACCAUCCCAUCGCCCAUCGCUCCACCGUCCCACCGUCCCAUCGCCCCAUCGCUCCACCGUCCCAUCGCUCCAUCGUCCCUUCGUCCCAAAGCCCCAUCGCCCAUUGCCCAUCGUCCCAACUUUCCAUCGCCCCAUCGUCCCAUGUUCCCAUCGCCCCACCGCCGCACCAUCCCACCGUCCCAUCGUCCCAUGUUCCCAUCGCCCCACCGCCGCACCGUCCCAUCGCUCCACCGUCCCAUCGUCCCAUCGUCCCAUCGCUCCAUCGCCCCAUCGCCCCAUCAUCCAUCCCUUCGUCCCAUCUUCCCAUCGUCCCAAAGCCCCAUCGCCCCAUCGUCCCAAAGCCCCAUCGCCCAUUGCCCAUCGUCCCAUCGUCCCAAGUUUCCAUUGCCCCAUCGCCCCAUCGUCCCAAAGCCCCAUCGCCAUCGUCCCAUCGUCCCAUCGCCCCAUCGUCCCAUCGUCCCAUCGUCCCAUUGCCCCAUCGUCCCAAAGCCCCAUCGCCAUCGCCCAUCGUCCCAUCGUCCCAUCGCCCCAUCGCCCCAUCGCUCCAUCGCCCAUCGUUCCUUCGGUCCAUCGCCCAUCGUCCCAUCGUCCCAACGCCCAUCGUCCCAUCGCCCCAUCGUCCCAUCGUCCCAUCGUCCCACAGUCCCGUCGUCCCUUGA